CGAUGGUGUCGGCUCCUUCUUCGUUUUAUGGAAAGCAGCUGAACAAAGGCCUGCCCCUUUUUCAUGAGGAUUGCUCUACCGCCAUCGUUACUUUACGUGUAAUCACGAUUACUAAAUCGGAUUACGAUACUUUUAUUACAUUUCAAGGCAUAAAUAACGGUAGAGACAGAAUCCGAAAUGGAUGCGGACCACCAAGAAACCAGCGGCGAGACCAAAUCGGCCAUUAAUACUUGGCGUUAUCGCCACCAUUUCACGUACAAGGCAGAUCAAGGAAAAAAUAUCAUCGUCCAGUGUAAUCUGUGCUUGCCGAGGGUUAACCUGCUGUCCACGUCAAAAACCUCCACAUCAAACCUAAAGAAACAUUUAGACAGAACACACUUAGGCUGUGAAGCCAGGCCUGAUGCCAAGAGAGGAAGGAAAAAAGAAGAAUAUAACGGUGAGGAAAGCAGACACUGCCAGCUCAAAAAGCUCAAAGCAGAAAUCAUCUCCAAAUGCCUGACCCAGGCAAAGAUCGAUGAUUUGAUCUUCAGUUUCAUUGUGGAGGAUUGUCAAUCGUUUUAUGUGCUGGAGCAGCCUGGCUUCAGGAAGCUGAUUGCUGGUUUAACUGAAGGGCUCAAAUCCAUGGACAGGGUGACCCUGUUUACUAAAGUGGACCAGAGUUUCUCCAGGAUGCGGGAAGAGCUGAUGUCCAAACUCAGUAAUGUGCAGUACGUGUGCACCACAGCGGACAUCUGGACAGCCCACAACAGGAGCUUCUUUGGGAUGACCUGCCACUGGAUUGAUAUGGAUUCUUUGGAGAGGAAAUCUGCUGCUCUGGCAUUUGCACGGCUGCAGGGCAGGAUCACGUAUGACACCAUCGCCGGGCGCAUACACGAUGUCCACGUGGCCUACAAUAUUGAGAGUAAAGUUCAAACGACGGUCACUGACAAUGGCAGCCCCUUUAUCAGUGUCUUCAGAGAGUUCGCGCUGGACAGCCAGGAAAGCGAUGAUGACAUUGGUUUCUACGAGAACGUGAGCACCGUGCUCGAGGGUGAGCCGGAGCAGGACAUGCUGCUGUUUCUGCCCACUGUGCAGCGCUGUGCAUCACACACCCUUGAGCAGAUUGUCACUGAGGACUUCUGGCAGGCUGUGUCACAGGGGCCCAUGUGCCAGCUACAUUUUAGUUCUAUGGCUAAAGUGUUUGCCAUAUGGAGCAAGUGCCACCAUCUCCAGGUCGGAAUGGACGCGGCGGAGGAGAUAGGAAAGAUGGCGCUUGUUGUCCCCGCUGUUAUACGUUGGAAUGUGGAGUACUGUGCUGUGCAGAAGAUCGUCUCUCUCAGUGAGCGGGAGCUGACGGAGCUCUGCGCUCGCCUCGAGGUCCCACGCUUCCAGCCAGAGGAGAUGGCCUUUUUGAAAGAAUAUGUGACUGUGUUUCACCCGCUCGCAUUUGCACUUGAACUUUUCCAGGCGGAGCAGAAAUGUUACCUGGGCCUGGUCAUCCCAACAGUACUUAGUCUGAAGAACAAGUUAAAUGAGCAGAAAGAUGCAGCAAACUACUUUGGCGAUGCCAUCAACACCAUUGCAAUGGCUAUUGAUGUGCGGUUCCAGGAACUGUUUGCCAGCACAGAAGCAAAGAUUGCGACUGCAACGACUCCUCAGUUUCGCUUGUGGUGGAUGGCUGCCUCCGAGAGGGAGGAGAUGUGCAGCCUGCUGGCCUCGGAGGCGUCCCAGAUGGAUCCCUGUAGUGUAAGCGAGGCGAACACCAGCCGCAAUCUGUCCACCAUUGAAUCAGAAGAUGACUUCUUUAGCUACGGGUCUGUGAAACCGGCUGCCCAGAUCCAGCAGCGGGGAGUGAUGGAGGAAAUCCGGAAGUAUGUAGAAGGAACAGGGAAAAGCCUCGAGUGCUUGCAGGACUUCCCGAGAGUCAAGCAGCUUUUCUUAAAAUACAACACCACCCUGCCCUCCACGGCCCCCGUCCAGCGUCUCUUCAGUCAGAAGGGCAACCUGGUCACCUCACAGAGAAACUUUCUGACUGACGACUAUUUCGAACGCAUUCAGCUUUUGAGAUAUAACAGCAACCUUUGCCCUUUGGUCACCGAGUGAAUGCUAAUGGCUGCCUCAGCCUUUUAACUGAUGAAAAAAAUCAGAUCAUAUUGUUUUAAUCAUCACAGGAGAACACUGAAUAAUAUCUAAUUUCAGGCACUUUAGCCCGGAUGUGCUUUCUAAUAUUUAUCACCUGCCUGUUUUGAUUGACACACCAUACGUCUCCCACUCCAGAAUGGCCUAAUGAAAACAUCUGAUUGACAAUCAUGGACACAGAUAUUCAGACUGAACAGACUGACAAAAAGCGUCUUUUUAUGUGUGCUAUUAUUGUGAUUUGAUGUAGCCACGGGGUUAAACUGAAGUGAUUUUUGUCUUUCAGUUAUAGUUUUUUCUACAGCUGUUCAGUCAGUGCAUCUCCUGUCUGUAUAUUUUAUAUCAUGCAUAAAGCAACAAGAAAAGACCCCUUGUUGUGUCUCUCCUUCCCCCCCUCCAUGAAACUCAAUUGGAAGCCACAAGUAAUUAGAUUAGUGAUGGAAUGAGAUCGGCUGCCUUAUUUGCAUGCAGCCCUGAAUGCAUUCAGCAAACACUGAUUGUGGUUUCAAAAGUGUCCGGAUGCGUUUGUGUGUGAGGAAGAUACAGAACAUGCAAACGGCAAAAUUCCAGUGGUGCACGUUCCCAAGCGUAUUCUUUGCCAUGUGCCCGGAUGUCAGCUAAGAGUUUUCGUCUUGCCAGACAGCUGCCUGGAGACCAACAGGAGGCUGUCAGAGAAUACAAACACAGGCUCUGUCUGGACCCGAGCUGUCGAAGACAUGACACUUGUGAAAAUGCAAAACAAGCCCGCUGAGAGCCUGGGAAAAAAUAAACCUUGGGAAUGGGUUUUUCUUCAGUAUAUUAUUCCUAAAUAUAUUCUAUGAGUGAUUUUUCUGUAAGUUUGCCUACAGCAGUCACAAAGGAUUAAACAGACUUGAAACUGCGGUGCAUCUGUUCCUCUUCGGAAACAGUGAAUUGGGAUUCUGUUCAACAGCACAACUUCUGAUGGGGGGAAAACGCAGCUCAGACAACUGAUUGCAGAGGAA